AAUCCUCAGAACUCGACCUGCCCUGACAGCGUCUGAGCCACCAUGGGAACCCGAGGUGACGCGUAUCCAUUGGGGCUCUGCAUCGCCCUGUGCCUGGGGAGCACUGUGGCCCAGACUGAUAUCAUACAAGGUACCACUGAGGACUGCAACAACCAUAUGCUAUGCCCAGAAAACGCCAAGUGUGUGAACAACACCCACUACACCUGCCUGGAUGGAUACCAGUCACAUGGGAAUCGCUUCUUCACCGACAUAACGGAGAUCUGUGAUGAUAUUAACGAGUGUCUGGGGCUGAGCCCGCCAGACUGCGGACGCUACGCAAACUGCAUCAACAGGGAUGGGAGUUACUACUGCAGCUGCAUCGAUGGCUACGAGUCCAGCUCUGGGAAAGCCAACUUCAUGAACGCGAGUGAGAACACCUGCCAGGACAUUGACGAGUGCCAGCGAAACGCCACAAUCUGUGAGCCCCACGGGACCUGCAUCAACAUGCCAGGGAGUUACAUGUGUAAAUGCAGUGGGGGAUUUCGGAAGAGUCAAAAGGAUCCGUCUAAGAUCUGCACAGACAUCGAUGAGUGCCACAAGAACCCAGGUAUCUGUGGCCCCAAGGCCACGUGUAUCAACACCAACGGACACUACUGGUGUGAGUGCCAGGCCGGCUAUGUCCUCUCCACCAGGAACUCAAGCAUGUGCGAAGCCCCCAGCAUUAACUGCAGCGCUGAGUUCGAGGGAAUCAAAGCAACGUGCAGGAAUUUCAAUUUGCAG